CUCCCCUUCCUCCCCCUCCGCGCGUGUGUGUGUGUGUUGAGUGUGUGUGUGUGUGUGUGUGCGUGCAUGUGUGUGCGUGUGUCUCGCUGUCUCUCCAGCCCAGCCUGACGCAGGCAGAUCGAAAUCACCCCUAACAAGCCGGGCUCCGGAGCGCGGUGCCGCGGGGGAGGAGGCGGCGGCGGGGGUCCGGCUGCGGCGGGGCCGCCAGCGCCGCUGCCCCGGCGCGCAGCGGGGCCGGGGCCGCAGGCAGCGCCCCGGCGGCGGCGGCGGCGCGGGGAAGUUGGCCCAAGUGCGGGGAGGCAGCGGGGGGGAAAGUUGCCGGGAGAGGCGCGGGGCGAGCCGGGCAGCGGCGGCGGCGGCCAGGACCAUGGGCACUUUGCGGGAUUUACAGUACGCGCUGCAGGAGAAGAUCGAGGAGCUGCGGCAGCGGGAUGCGCUCAUCGACGAGCUGGAGCUGGAGUUGGACCAGAAGGACGAACUGAUCCAGAAGCUGCAAAACGAGCUGGACAAGUACCGCUCCGUGAUCCGGCCCGCCACGCAGCAGGCGCAGCAGCAAAGCGCCGGCACCUUGCAGGGCGAGCAGAGGACCAAGCGGCAGGCGAUCUCAGCCGAGCCCACCGCCUUUGACAUCCAGGACCUCAGCCACGUCACCCUGCCCUUCUACCCCAAGAGCCCACAGUCCAAGGAACUAAUAAAGGAAGCAAUCCUUGACAACGACUUCAUGAAGAAUCUGGAACUGUCGCAGAUCCAGGAGAUUGUGGAUUGUAUGUAUCCCGUGGAGUAUGGCAAGGACAGCUGCAUCAUCAAAGAAGGAGACGUGGGGUCCCUGGUGUACGUCAUGGAAGAUGGGAAGGUCGAAGUGACGAAAGAAGGUGUGAAGCUGUGCACCAUGGGACCUGGCAAGGUAUUUGGGGAGUUGGCCAUCCUCUACAACUGCACCCGGACAGCAACUGUCAAAACUCUCGUAAAUGUGAAACUUUGGGCUAUUGAUCGGCAAUGUUUUCAAACAAUAAUGAUGAGGACAGGCCUUAUCAAGCAUACUGAGUAUAUGGAAUUUUUAAAAAGUGUUCCCACAUUCCAGAGCCUUCCUGAGGAGAUACUUAGUAAGCUUGCAGAUGUCCUUGAAGAGACGCACUAUGAAAGCGGAGAGUACAUUAUAAGACAAGGUGCUCGAGGGGACACUUUCUUCAUAAUCAGCAAAGGGAAGGUGAACGUUACUCGUGAAGACUCCCCCAGUGAAGAUCCAGUCUUUCUCCGCACUUUAGGGAAAGGAGAUUGGUUUGGAGAAAAAGCCCUUCAAGGGGAGGAUGUCAGAACAGCCAAUGUCAUCGCGGCUGAAGCGGUAACUUGUCUCGUCAUAGACAGAGACUCCUUCAAACAUCUGAUUGGCGGUCUAGAUGACGUUUCCAAUAAAGCCUAUGAAGAUGCCGAAGCGAAAGCAAAAUAUGAAGCCGAAGCUGCCUUCUUCGCCAACCUGAAACUGUCUGAUUUCAACAUCAUUGACACCCUUGGAGUUGGAGGGUUUGGACGAGUUGAACUGGUCCAGUUGAAAAGUGAAGAAUCGAAAACGUUUGCCAUGAAGAUCUUGAAGAAGCGGCACAUAGUGGACACGAGACAGCAGGAGCACAUACGGUCGGAGAAGCAGAUAAUGCAGAGCGCUCACUCGGACUUCAUCGUGAGGCUCUACAGGACGUUCAAGGACAGCAAGUAUUUGUACAUGCUGAUGGAAGCCUGUCUAGGUGGAGAGCUCUGGACAAUUCUCAGGGACAGAGGUUCGUUUGAAGAUUCGACGACCAGAUUUUAUACCGCGUGUGUGGUUGAAGCUUUUGCCUAUUUGCAUUCCAAAGGAAUCAUCUAUAGGGACCUCAAGCCAGAAAACCUCAUUCUGGAUCAUCGAGGUUAUGCCAAACUGGUCGAUUUUGGCUUUGCAAAGAAAAUAGGAUUUGGAAAGAAAACAUGGACUUUUUGUGGAACUCCAGAGUACGUAGCCCCAGAGAUCAUCCUGAACAAAGGUCACGACAUUUCAGCAGACUACUGGUCACUGGGAAUCUUAAUGUAUGAACUCCUGACUGGCAGUCCACCUUUCUCAGGCCCAGACCCCAUGAAGACCUACAACAUCAUAUUAAGGGGAAUUGAUAUGAUUGAAUUUCCAAAGAAGAUUGCCAAAAAUGCUGCUAAUUUAAUUAAAAAACUAUGCAGGGACAACCCAUCAGAAAGAUUAGGGAACUUGAAAAAUGGAGUAAAAGAUAUCCAAAAGCACAAAUGGUUUGAAGGCUUUAACUGGGAAGGGUUGCGAAAAGGGACACUGACACCUCCUAUAAUACCCAGUGUUGCAUCUCCGACAGACACAAGCAAUUUCGACAGCUUCCCUGAGGACAGUGAUGAACCACCCCCUGAUGACAACUCAGGAUGGGACAUAGAUUUUUAAUGUAUUUCUUUUACCUGCUUCUGCCUUGCUGAAGACAGCUUCCUGGGACGUGGCUGCCAGCAGAACUGAAAGAAUUGGGGAGGAUUAGUGCUCGGGGUCACCAUGAUGCCUUGAUUGAUGCUGCUACAGUAACUACAGUGGCAUUAGGACUUCUUGCUUAGAUGACAAUAGUGCUCUUCAUGUUUUAUGUUCAAACUUAAAAUAGCAGUUGACAUGGUGGUCCUGAUGCAAAGCCUUUCACCGGUAAAGAAAUACGUUUUCUAUCACUGCAGCGAUCUUGCUAUGCUGUAAUUAUAAAAGUUGAAAGAUACCCAGUGUAAGAUACACUUAAUUCUAGCUGCAAGGUACUGGCUUUUAUCAGUAGGAUCAAUAGUAAUUUAUUAAGUACUGUAGCUAAGCGCAGUACAGGAUUUGGGCUACUCCCACACGUGAAGCUCUGUAGGUCUUCUACUGUAGGCCAGUGUAGAAACAGAGGAGGACCACAAAAACACCGGUCAAAGAGGUCGUGUCAAAGCAGUGGUAAGAUUUGUCCUUUUGCUUUCCAAGCAGUGUUCAUGACGAGAUUGAAUGUUACCAUUCCUCUUUCUUUUUGAGAGUUUUUUUGUUUAACCUGACGUAACAAAAGCACAACUGCUAUAGAUUCUGUUAAGAACUGUUAAGGCAGAUAUGGGUCGCUUCUCACAUACAACUGAGAACAUAGUAUAACACAAGGGUUUUUUUUUUCUUUGUGGUACAAUUACAUAAUUGCAUGAAAAAAAUCAUAAAAUUAUCCAUUUUACAUAUAAAAUAGCUCUUAAAUAAUGGUCCUAUAAUAAAGCGACAGCAGCCAACUGGUCUUCUUGAUUAGCUAUUAGACAUGAAACUAAGCUUAACUUUUACCUUUUUAGAACCCAAAGGGAAAAUACAAGACCUGUAAUGUACUUUAUAGGUGCUAUGUACAUCCUUCAUCUGUGAAUAUACCUAUUCAGUCAACGACCAUUUCAGAAAUACGUAGCAAGAGACAUUGCUUUCCAUUGCGCUCUAAGAACAGAAGACUUUAGGUCUCCAUUUCUGCAUCUCUUCCACCUUUGCUUCAAAGCCCGUUUUUUUAAAAAUAAAGCAUAUGGUACGGGGCCAGCGUGCUGGCUCUGUCUGGAAGUUUGCACAUCAAAACGUAAUUGUAACGCCGCACCAGCGUAAGUCAGAAGGUACUCCACAAAAAGUCAGUGCAAUUAAAAGGAAAAUUGGUAUUAGCUCAACGCAGACAUGUUGCAUUUGGGUGAGAUUUACUGCUCUACGUAUCUCCAAAGUAGCAAGUCCUCAGCGACCGUGCUUAGGCACGGUGAUGGCUAGAGAUGAGGCACCUCAUAAUAAUAAUAAUAAAAAAAAAGGAGCUGGGAAAGUAAUAAUAUUACUCCUGCACUUUCCUCUCGCUUCCACAGCUUUUCUGCAAGAGCAGCUUCUUUGCUUUAGCGAAGUCUCUUCUGACUUGCACCGAAGUAACCAAAAAUCCUGUCCUCUAUGCCUGCUUGGCAGGCGUACCCGCAGCUAAAGGUUUAUCCCGUCAUUCCUACGCGAAGCCCGAGCUCUCGGACCCUGUAACCGACUCUGCCGAAACCUCCUUGUAUUCGUGCCUGCCCCGAGCUUAGCAGAUCCCCGUUUGAUCGCAGAGUUACCAAGAGCUGUUGUAGAUGACAGAAGUCAAAAGACCAACUUUUGCUAGUCGCAAUGGAUUAUCUCCUGCUCUAACUAUGAUUGCGAAUUAUCCCUUAUGUUUCGGUAACUCCUGGGAGUUGCUGGCUUUUAUGAUGUGCGUGUCCACGUACACGAGUAAUUUCGUUGCAGGAGUAUCCCUCCAAAGGAUAAGAGUCGAGGCUUUGACUUUGUUCCCCUGAGUAGGAGUUUUACCUCAAAGAGGGGAGUGCUAAGAAAACAUACACAUCAACAGUAAAAAUACAUAUAUAUAUUUCUCUGAUGCUAAUUCCCAGCACCUUUCCAUUUUCACAGUGCGACUUGUGUAGUCUUAAUAGAGUGUAUUAAAAAGCUAUUUUCUCCACUUCUUUGACAGUCUCAACAGUAUCUAAAGUUUGCCGAAGAGCUCAGUUAUUGCAGACCCCCUUUAAAAACAGUCUGUUUCACUGAAUUUUCUUCAUGCUUUAAUAGAUGAGCGACUUAACAUCUUCAGCGCAAUAACUUCAGGUUAUUUCUGCUAUUCAUUAAUCACGCGUGGCAUCGUAUUAACAUCUGUUUGCCUUGAAAACCUUGGGGAAAAGACAGUAACUACGUCUACCGGGAAUUACUUGCAUAGGACAAAUACACGCUUAGUUUUAAACAUUUAUCUUAAGGAUUGAAAACCCUGCCUGAAAGCAAAUACUAAAUACUAGGGCUAAAAUAACUGCUAGGCAUCCUACCAAACAAGCAGUCACCCGACUGCAUUAAAGCUGAAUUCUGUAUUCAUGUCCCCCUAUUUCUUCACUCAGUGACGUGGCUACGUCGGACAAGAAAACUUGUUUCAUUUGUUACCUUUGUACAGAAGACUCGAAAGAGGAGUUUGUCUCAGUUCUAGAUAUUAUAAUAUUUAGCGCUUGAGAUUUGGUUGUCCAGCAAGGACUUGCCACGGGAAAAGAGCAUCACAAUGUUUUUUGGGGGAGAACUGAAAACAUUGCAGGAAGAAUGUUUUAAAAAAUGAGGAGUUAUUUUCUUUCUGCCUCUCAGUUUUUCCUUAUGCCACAUACAGUAAUACCUGAACCGUGUGGCAUGCACUGUAUCGAAUAUAAUUUUAUUUUGAUAUCAAACACCUCACUCAACUCUCAUCACCUUUACUAAGCAUACUUUAAACAUAGUUAGCAUAUGUAUAUUAAUAAUAUACGUCUUCAUUUAUGAGUAAUAUAUUUGAGUUGCAUAAUAUAUAUAUAUAUUCACAACAACUGAUUGCCUCUGUGUUUCCACAUACGGUCUUUUCUUCUUUGUCUCCUUUUUUAAUAUAUGGGACGACGGUGUAUUUACGUAAGGGGAAAUCAGCUACCAUAUUUAAAACAAAUGUGUUAAGAUUGGUGUCCUAAGAUACAGAUGAUCUGUAGCUUCUUACAGUGCUGCAUUAUCCAUAGUAAACUCUUAUUUAACAACAGGACCACAAGCAAAUAUUUAUGUAAAUAGAUAUUUUCGUGUUGAUAUUUUGUGGUACACAUAUAACUUUUUCUUUAGAGUUCCAUGGCAUUAUUACUUCAUUUUCUUAUUUGUAAUGUAAUGUUUUUAGAUCAAAGUAGACUUGAAUUAAUGUCAUAAUUGUCAGUAUUAUUAAACUUUAUGUCAACUGUACUGUUACUCAUCUGUCCCAUAGUUUUAGAACAUGACUAGCUAUCUGGCAUUGUUGCAAGUGCCUUAAAUUCAUGGCAUCCUAUAAAAAUACAAAUUUGGUGUUAUGCUGCAUGACAAAGACAAACACACCUCAAAAUGUUGUCCUUUCUUAGCUUGCUGCGUUUUACAGUUCUUUCUGCUAACAAUUUCUAAGCCUUUAUUAUAUAAUAUUGAUGAAUUACAGAAAUGAUGAAGUUGUUCUCUUAUUUCUGUUAAAUGUACCAGAGCUGUGUAUCUGUUAAUGAGAUACAGAGUCAUUUCUGUGAAAUGUAUAAAUGUAUGUGCGGGUCAAAUUAAUAUAUGACAUACUAUCAGUCUGUAUACAGGUAUUCCUGUUUUGCUAAGCUGUGCAGAUUUAAACUAUCGUGCAGUAACGUUCCGACAUACCGUGUUUUCUAAACUUCAUUACAAACGGUCCGCCCAGAGAAAGGAUUUAGCAAUUCGGUGUCACCACGGCCACGCAAAACUGCAUUUUGACGCGAAACCAAUGACUGGGGAAAAAAUAAAUUUAUUAAAAAAAAAAAAAAAAAGCCGCCUCGUGCUUGCACCACUCAACAAAACAGGAUCUGUGCUUUCUAUGAGUUCUUCUAUAUGCAAGUCCUUACGGAGGCAAGCUCGCGGCCCACCCGCAAGCUAACCGCCGAAAAUGUUACUGCUUUUCCUUCCUCCGCAGCUGCCCGCGGCGGAGAAACGGAGCGCCGAGACUUGGACCAGUUUCGGGCUUUACUGGCAAAGGGAAAUGUCCUUCGGAGUUGCCUGUCCUACCGAUUGCGGUCGACGCUGGUUUUACACUGGUCGUUUAUUUUGUAUUCUCACGCCUCUGUUUCGCCCCGUUCUCUCCCCACCGCGGAUUCUGCGUAAAAGGGGUUUUGUUUGUCGGAAGACGUCCGUCGCCGAAUGGUCGUUGACCAGUUGCACUCUUUUGAUGUAGACUUAAGAACCUGGUUUUUGGUUUUUUUUCCCCCCAUCAACUUAACCGCUUUGGUUUCGCUCUGUAUUUUCCCCGCAGCUGUAAUUGCUGAGUGCCUGUUGUAUACUUUAUAGAGUUGAAAUAAAAAUAAUUACUUUUGAA